AUGGGCGGCACCAUCUCCAAAGACGCGCUCAACGAACGCUGGAUCCGCGAACCGAGCCUAAUCCAAUUCCCACAAUUCAUCGAUCCCAGCGAUCCCGAUGCAGAAGGCCUUCCAGUGGUCCCAGUACUCCGACGACGGAGAAGUCAGCCCUCGAAGCUAUGGGUCGACGAAGCCGUCGAGAUUAUCCCCGAACCUCCCCCUGAACCCGAAAGGAGUUCCUCGGCGCCGCCGUCGAUCAGCACGGCUCGUACAGGAGCGCCGAAGAGGAAUCCAGGAGGACUCUUCUGGACAUUCGGUCCGACGGUGCGAAAGAGGAGAUCGAUGAGCGAUCUCCAAUCCCUCCGCUCGAAAAAAUCCACGCCCACAAAGAAAAACAAGAAGAAAAGCCCACUCCCGAAAAAGAAGAAAAGGCCCUCCAAGAAAUCUCAACAGGGUCCCACAUCUUCUGCCGACGACCCUCCACCCCGCCCUCUCAGCUCCUCGUCCUCGUCCUCAUCAUCGUCGUCAUCAUCGUCGUCCUCCCCCGAACCGCCACCACCUCCUCCUGAACCAACCUACUCCUUCUCCAACCCGCGCUUCGCCAAAGUCGGCACCGCACCCCCGGUGAUCCCCUCCGCCACGACCCUCGCGGGAACACAGCCGGGCCAACCCUACUCCUUCGCCAACCCGCGCCUGGCGGCCUAUCCGCGCACGGUCGCCGCGAAGCCGAGCUAUACCCAAGGCGAGCCUCUGCCCAGCAAGAAGGCAGCCGCUGCUGCUGCCGCCGCCGGGAAGAAGAAGAAGCAGGCGGAGUCUUCCUCGUCGAGUUCCAGCUCGAGCAGUAGCGGGGAUGAAGUCGAGGUGCCGGUCGUGGUGGAGAGGCGAUCGCCAGAAAAUUCCCACCUCGGACAACUCGUCGGCAUGUACUCGCCCAAGUCCGGCAACAAGUCAAAGACAUCUCCGAUCACCAUCAAGAUCACGAAGUCUGCGAAACCAGUCAAAAACGUCGUCAACGAUGAGAUCCCACUCGGUCGUCCCGACUCCCAACCAAAAGUCCGCUACCUCACCGCAGCAUUGAGCAGCGAAGAGAAACACGCCCGUGUGGCACCUCAAUGGACCGCCGGCAAGAUCUAUGAACGUCUCUGUGCGGACACCCACAUGACCAUGGCCAAUGUCAAGAGUCGCGUCUGCGGAGAAGGAAACAAGGCGUCAUCACGAUCACGAUCAACAACACAAGCCGGUCGCGCGGGCGGGAAUCACGGGAAAAACAUCAUCUCCAUCAAACAAACCAAGACCUGCGAAGACGUUCUGAGCAACGAUGGGAGUUUCCCCUCUCAGGGAAUACCCGUUGCUGCAACAGCUACAGCUACAGCUACAGCAGUAUCCGAGAAGAAGAAGACAGGUUUCGCCAGCAUCGCCAUCGAACUGCCCGGCUACGAAUCCUACGACGCCGACGACGACGACGUCGCCAAGCGCAAGAGACGCGCCGAACGCUGCUGUCGGGACUGCGGAUCGCCGGUGCCGGAGCACAUCUGUCAAUUCCCCUUGGAGAUGUGA